AUGAAAGGGCUGUUCUUUCUAGCCCCCCUCGUGGGAGCUGCUGUGUUAGGUUCACGAUCAAAACUCGAUGAGUGUCCUGGAUACAAGGCUUCCAAUGUUAAACAGCUUGGGGAGACUCUGACGGCUGAUUUGACUUUGGCUGGACAUGCUUGUAAUACUUAUGGUUCCGAUCUGCCGAAUCUUAAGCUUUUGGUGGAGGCUCAGACUGAGGAUCGUCUCCAUGUUAUGAUCUAUGAUGCCGAUGAAAAGGUCUACCAGGUUCCUGAAUCGGUCGUACCUCGUCCUACCGGACAGAAGGGUCACCAGAAAAAGUCCGUUCUCAAGUUUGACUACAAGGAGAAUCCCUUCUCUUUCAGGGUACUGCGUGGAAAAGAAGUGCUUUUCGAUACUACUGGUACGAACAUCGUCUUUCAAUCUCAGUACCUGAACCUGCGCACGUGGCUGCCGGAUGAUCCCAACCUCUAUGGUCUUGGUGAACAUACGGAUUCUCUGCGUCUGCCGACAACCAAUUAUACUCGGACACUGUGGAACCGAGAUGCUUAUGGUGUUCCAUCUGGGACGAACCUCUACGGUGAUCAUCCGAUCUACCUUGAUCAUCGUGGAGAGAAGGGCACUCAUGCUGUUUUCUUCUUGAAUUCUAAUGGUAUGGAUAUCAAGGUUGAUAAGAGUGAUGAUGGGAAACAAUAUCUGGAGUAUAAUACUCUCGGCGGUGUUCUUGACUUUUACUUCAUGGCUGGUCCGACACCCAAGGAUGUCAGUGUGCAGUAUUCAGAGAUUGUUGGACUCCCUGUAAUGCAGAGCUAUUGGACCUUUGGUUUCCACAAUUGUCGCUAUGGCUACCAGGAUGCCUUCGAUGUCGCUGAAGCUGUCUACAACUAUAGUCGUGCUGGCAUCCCACUUGAGACUAUGUGGACUGAUAUCGACUACAUGGACGGCAGAAAAGUGUUCACUCUUGACCCUGCGCGAUUCCCCAUUCACAAGAUGCGGGAAUUGGUUUCGUAUCUGCAUAAGCACGAUCAAAAGUAUAUUGUCAUGGUUGACCCAGCUGUUAGCCACUCUGACAACGGUGCAUUCAACCGAGGCUCCGACCAAAGCAUCUUCCUCUACCGCGACAGCGACCAAAAAGAACUUUACGAAGGAGCCGUCUGGCCAGGCUUAACCGUCUAUCCAGACUGGUUCAACCCCGACACACAAGAAUACUGGAACGACGAAUUCGCCCGCUUCUUCAGCGCCUCGGACGGCGUCGACAUCGACGGUCUCUGGAUCGAUAUGAACGAAGCCUCCAAUUUCUGCCCAUACCCCUGCAAGAAUCCGGCCCAGUAUGCGCUGGAUAAUGACCUGCCACCUGCGCCUCCGGCUGUUCGGAAGCCGCCUCGGCGCAUUCCUGGUUUCCCUGGGGAUUUCCAGCCUGCGAGCUCGAAGAGGGUCAAGAGGGGCGUGGAGGUCCAGCGGAGUCUGAGUCUGGGUUCUCGGAGCCAUGGACAUGGCACGAAUGGUGCAGGGAAAAAGGGAAUGAAGAUUGGUCUUGAGGAUCGGGAUCUUAUUAACCCUCCUUAUGAAAUUGCUAACGAGGCCGGUGGAAUCAGUAACAAGACCAUUGAUACUGAUAUUGUUCAUGCUGGAGAGGGCUAUGCCGAGUAUGAUACUCACAACCUUUAUGGGACCAUGAUGAGCUCCGCAUCCCGCGAAGCAAUGCUCAAGCGUCGUCCUCAUGUCCGUCCUCUCAUCAUUACUCGCAGUACCUUUGCUGGAGCAGGAUCACACGUUGGGCACUGGCUCGGCGACAAUCUCAGCGAAUGGGGCAAAUACCGCAUCUCGAUCGGCCAAAUGUUAGCCUUUGCCUCGAUCUUCCAAAUCCCCAUGGUGGGAAGCGACGUCUGCGGGUUUGGAAGCAACACGACCGAAGAACUCUGCGCGCGCUGGGCCAUGCUCGGCGCUUUCAGCCCAUUCUAUCGUAACCACAACCAACUCGGCUCCAUCCCGCAGGAAUUCUAUCGCUGGGAGAGUGUCACGAAGGCCGCCAAGAAGAUUAUUGAUAUUCGGUAUCGGCUGUUGGAUUAUUUGUAUACUGCUUUCCAUCAGCAGACGUUGACGGGCGUACCGUUCUUGCAGCCGCUGUUCUUUGUUUAUCCAGGCGAUGCCAAUGUUGUUGGAAAUGAGUUGCAGUUCUUCUAUGGGGAGGGCCUUCUUGUUUCGCCUGUUUCCGAGGAGGGUAGUACUUCUGUCCAGGCUUAUUUCCCGGAUGACUUGUUCUAUGAUUGGUUUACCGGGGCGAAAGUUGUUGGGACCGGGGCUACGCAGACCCUGUCUGGCAUCUCCAUCACUGAUAUUCCGAUUCAUAUUCGGGGUGGGCGUAUCCUUCCCUUGCGUGUCGAGGGUGCGAUGACAACGACUGAGCUGCGCACUCGUGGCUUCGAGAUUCUCAUCGCGCCGGGUGCUGAUGGGUCUGCCGAGGGCGACUUGUACCUUGACGAUGGAGAGUCGAUUGAGGUUCCGAGUGCGACCGAGGUUCACUUCCAGUAUCGCGAUGGGAAGUUGAAGAUCAGUGGUCGCUUUGGGUAUCAUCCUGCGGUGGCCAUUGAGGCCAUCACCGUUCUUGGUCGGGAUUCUCCGUCUCCGCGCAAGAAGGGUGUUCAGUAUGAUGCUGCGCGCAGGAGCCUCACCAAGACGGUUAAUAUUAAGUUGACUGGUCCAGCGGAGGUGGAAGUUUAA